CCCGAACGAAAACAGUGAGCCGUGGUCGCGGUGUUGUAAAACGUCGGAAGGAGGAGGAAGGGGCGAAAAAAAAAGGAAAAACAGAAAAGAGUAAAGGUAUAGCGGCGAAAAGCACGCAUUCGGCGGCCGGUAGCGAUCGAGCCCGCGCUUUGCACGGGUCCCGCCUAGCCGUAUCUCACCCGCUCAGCGGUAGCGAGUCGACAGCGCAGCACGCGUCACUAGCGCGCAACACAACACAAGUUACGAUUACCUCUCGUCAAAUGAGAAUUUCGGAAUACCAUUACUCGUUCGUAUGGCACGAGGUGUUGAACGUGUACGGAAGCUCCGAACCCUGGACUUUCCGUCCUCCCCUCUGUAGAGACGUGCGCCGCUUAAUUGGCGACAUUGUUGUGGAGUAUUUGUGGUCAACACCAUCACAACGGACAGAGCGGCGGUGUCCUGCUGGAUCAAAGGUCACUGACCUUUCGGAUUGAUUGUCUCUCUUCAUUUGCGAGGAGGUCGUCUCUGAAGGUGGUCUCGAUGCUCGUAAUUCAACUGAACGUGUGAUCAAUGGGAGAGGUGUUCUGGGAUACUACGAUGUGUUUGGACCGGUUAUUUCUUUGAAAAGACGAGGACGUGCAUUGUUUUUCGGAGACUAGUAUGUGCUUCACUUACACUUUGUGAAUGUGACAGAAGACUAGCAUGCUUUCUUGUUAUCAUGCCACUGUGUUAGAUGCAAUGUGCCCCUGUCGGCGUGAUGUGAACAUUCGCACACAAUGGGAGUGACUGAUGAAUUAGGUCGGGGUCAGGGCACGCAGGCGACCUUCACCUUUUCCUUGUUUGGAUUACUUCUGCUGGCCAUCAUGUCUGCUGGUCUUGGCACCACUCAAGCUUUCCCGAAACUAGUGUCUGCGGCCCGCCCUCUACGGUAUACAUUGCCAACUUUUCUGGACACACCUGUCAACGUUACUGCAGUUUUCGGCUCUGAUGUCAUACUGCCAUGUUCAAUACAAAAUCUGGGCCCCAAAUCGGGCAAAUGGCGUUUGAGCCACGAGGACCCCCGCUGGGAUCUGCUCAUCCGCUCCGUGGAGUUCGAGCACGCCGGCACGUACGAGUGUCAGGUCAGCACGAAGGAGGACUUCGGCCGCAACGUCACGCUCAGGGUCAUUGGUCAGUAUGAUCGGGCGACGCCAGGUGGCGCUUGGACAGAAGACAAGACAGUGGGGCGGACUCACCACAGACACAACAAGACAGGUAUUCAACUUUCUGGCACUCUUUACGUAGAGAAAGGGUCAACUAUUGACCUAAACUGUACGGCUACCUCGAUAGACUACAGGCCAAAAGGCGUUGACUGGUUUAAAGACGGAUCCAAGGUCAAGUCCGGUCACCGGGUUGUCUUCACCGAUUAUGUGUUGACCGCGGAAAAUGUCCUGCACAGCCGGUUGCAGAUUGACCACUCCACGAUGGAUGACGCGGGAACCUAUGUCUGCCGAUUCUCCGCUCGACACGUGCAAAGCGUUAAAGUCAUUGUGUUAAAUAAAUGGCCGGGCCAUUUAGCCUCCGCCAAUCAGUUAGCUGAUUCACCGAAUAAGCGGCGAGACGAUGGACAGGCGACGUUGCCUAUAAAGAGAGGGACCGGCUCGGAGGGUCUGGAAGGUACAAACAACAAGUAUCCUUCCAAAGAGAACUCGGCCUUGUCUUCGAAACGAGCAGGUUCCAAUUAUACCAUGCUCAUCCUUCUCCUAACACUGGCUGCUGUAAUGAGGUCGUGACCUCACCAAGGUAGUUGAAGGUCACCAGAGGUCACCGGGCGUUGCUCCAGAUACAGCUGUUUUCCCUUUGCCAUUUGUCCUACGUAAGGAGUUUGAAGUUUCAAGAGAUAUUACGGUAUAAACUGUCUUCGAUAUGUACACGUCGUUACUUCGAAAAUGUUCACCUGAUUAAGAGACAAGACCUGUAAUAGGUGAAAAUGUGUUCUAUGGCUCUGAAGCUCGACGAAUCUUGCGCCGUUUAAUUAUAAUUUUAGCACACGCAAUGUUUCACAAAUGGAUUGCUCCUUCGACCUGUGGUUCAUGACUGUGAGUGCGUCGAUGACAAUAACAAUGGUCCGCAAAGUCAGCGCUGUUUUUGAUAAUGAGCCUGUGUGUCAUUGAAAUAUCCCGAGAUCUUUGUACCAUAUGAGCGAAAUGCUUGUAACAAAGCAUUUUCGGGCCAGUGACCCUUCGAGACGACGACCCAGAGCACCCCGGCUGGAGCAGUCCAAAGCUCUGUACACAUUGGCAUCAUAAUGGUCACCUCUUCCCUUUCCAGAUUUCCAGGUUUCUCUUUUACAUCUCCUGAAAAAAAAGAUUCUGUCCUGUGUACAUAAUGAUAGCUGUGUGGCCUGUGCGUUCUCAACAGACAAACGACUCACUCUCAUUGUGGGUCUCUUCUGAACACAGACAGCUGUCUUUCUCUUUGUACCACGAAACGAUAUGAGGGCAAUAGGACCGACGAGCACAAAAUGCUUUGAUGAGGAAAUAUUUUGGAAUGGCACCAGAGACAAGCACGGAGAUUAGUAACUUUGUCGAACUGUACAUGUAUUUACUUUUGGCUAAGGUUGUAAGUAAUUUGCCUCUGUGUCGUUAAUAAUUAUUAUUUGUACAAGUAAUUGUAAAAUAUUUGUAUACAAACCCUCUGCGUAUUGUGUCUGCAUUGUUUUCUGUGCUGCCUCAAAUUGGGCAGAUUUCAGAUUUCACACAAUGGUAUGUUUAUCUUCCCUGCUGCACUUUUCUUUCUGUAUACAAUCUUAACCACCAAGUACAAACAGAUAUUGGAAUCCUGGCUUACGAAUGUCGCUCUAAGUUCAAUGAUUCGUUUUCAGGUUUCUCAAACCCAUGGUUAAUGAAUUGAACUUUGGCAAAAGACAAAAGCUAAAGGCAUUCGAGGAUUGGAC